AUGUUAGAAUAUUGUUUUUAUAAUUUUAAUAGCCUAUUCCAAGCACCUAAUAACCAAUUAUUAUUUGCAUUUAAUAAUUUAAAUCUAUUAAAAUUACCUAAAAAUUGUAGUGAAUUAUUAUUUGAUAAAUUAAUAUUACCAGAUUUCCAAUUUAUAAUUAAUAAUACCACACAAGAUUCAUUUUCAUUCAAUCCAAAUGAACUCUUUUCAAAAACUUAUCAAAUUAUUAAAUUCUUAGAUUGGUUUGUUAUUGAAAAUAAAUUAUCAAUUAAUAAUAAUAAUAAUAGAUGUUUAUUUAAUUUUAAUAUUAUAAAACCAAUUUCAACUAUUGGUUCAACUGGUGAUUUAAUUUCUUUAGAAUCAUAUGUUCAGAAUUAUUUAAAAAAAGAAAAAGAAAAAGAAAAAGAAAAAGAAAAAGAAAAUGAAAAAGAAAAUGAAAAAGAUGAUGAUGAUGAAAUGAUUUUUAAAAAUAAUUUAUUAUCAAUUCUUCAAGGUGCUUCUAUUAAUGGUCAAAUUAAUGUAUUUUAUCAUUUAUUUUAUAAUCAUCCAAAUUUAUUGAUAAAGAAAUCAAAGAAAUUUAAAAAUAAUAAUAAUAAUAAUGGAAUGUUAUUUAAUUUUAAUGAUUUUUGGUUCAUCUUUUAUUAUGCAAUUCAAAAAGAAAAUUUACAUAUCUUACAAUUUAUAAUUCAAGUUUUAAAUUACUCAAAAUUCAAUCAAUUUCAAAAUUACUCAAAUCAACAUCCUCUUUUUUACACAUGUUAUUUUGGACUGACACCAUUCACAUUUUUUUUUUUUUUUUUUUUUUUUUUUUUUUUUUUUUUUUUUUUUUUUUUUUUUUUUUUUUUUUUUGUUCAAUUUUUAAUUACUCUCAUUUAUUUUAAACCUUUAAAACCCCUUUCAUCCAUAUAA